AUGCCUCACGGAGAGCCAAUCACGGACGACCGCGUCAUCCAUCACAGCGCAGCAGAUGAAGUCAACAAGGCGGUGGCGAAAAUGCAAUCUGGAGGAGAGAACAAGUAUGCCGUCAUUAUCGAUGCCGGAAGCACUGGCAGCCGGAUCCACGUGUACCAGUUCAACCCCAAACUCGAACUGAUGGAGAUCGGCGACGACUUGGAGUUGUUUGUUGCGCUCAAGCCAGGUCUGAGCUCGUUCCGCGAAAACGCCAAGGGAGCGGCGGACUCGCUCCGUCCGCUCAUCGACAAGGCGCUCACCGUCGUCCCCGAGGAAGUCCGCUCCACCACGCCCAUCCGCGUCGGAGCAACGGCUGGUCUGCGCCUUCUCCCUGGCGACCUCGCUGACAACAUUCUCCAAGCCGUCCGGGAGAUGCUCAAGGAGUACCCCUUCACCUUCGCUGCCGAUUCCGUCAAGAUCCUCGAUGGCGCCGAUGAGGGCUCCUUUGCAUGGGUGACGGUGAACUAUCUCCUUGGCAAUCUCGGCAAGGACAUCAGCCACACGGUGGGGGUCGUGGAUCUGGGCGGCGGGUCUGUGCAGAUGACGUACGCGGUGCCUGAUGACGUGGCAGCGAAGGCGCCCGAGGGCUACGUUCGGAGGCUGAGCGGAAUGGGCAAGACGUAUGGGGUGUACGUGCACAGCUACCUGGGCUUUGGACUGAUGGCAGCACGCGCUCAGGUGCUCAAGGCGAAGCCUCCAGGCAGCGAGGGGCAUGCAUGCUUGCCCAAGGGCACUGACGACAAGUACGUGUACGGCACAGAGGAGGUCCAGGCACAGGCGCUGCCGACAGGGGGGAGUGCAGCGGAGUGUGCACUGCUGGCAGCAAAGGCGUUGGAACUGGGAGGGGCUCUUGCAGGCGAUGCAGCUCCUGCAUGCUCUUUCGAGGAAUGCACGUUCGGAGGGGUGUGGAGUGGGGGCCGCGGUCAGGGCGCGUCCAAGCUCUUCAUUGCUUCCUACUUCUUCGACCGGGCUGGCCAGCUUGGUGUUAUUCCCGACCCCAAGGCGUCAUCAGCUCCUGUCAAGGCUAAGGACUUUGCCACUGCAGCUGAGGCUGCCUGUGCCACACCCUUGGAGGAAGUCACAAAGAAGUUCCCUGGAGUGGAGGGCAAGGACGCGCCGUACAUGUGCUUGGACGUGGUGUACCAGCACAAGCUGCUCACUCAUGGCUUCAGGAUUGAUGAUUCGGCAGAACUUACGUUGGUGAAGCAGGUCACUUACAAGGGCAAAGAUGUGGAGGCAGCUUGGCCACUUGGUGCUGCCAUUGAUGCAAUUUCGUCUUAG